AUGAAUGAAUUAGUGGCAGCAGAAGGCAUCCUUGGGAUAGCCAGUGUUGAUACUAAUAUGGUUGAAGCUUCCUCUUCUGAGCCUAAGUCGAAAGGCAAGGGUGGUAAGAAGAAGGACUUCACCAAACAAGAUGGUAAACAGCUUGCCUUAGGAGUUGCCAAUAAGGGAAAGAAAAAGGUAAAGGACUACACCCAAGGAAAAUGUUUCCAUUGUGGUGAGAAAGGUCAUUGGGAGAGGAAUUGUCUAAAAUUCAUAGCUGGCAAGAAUAAAGGGUUCCAAGAAACCAGAAGGCAAAAUGAAGAGGAAUUGUUUCUUACUUUGGCUUAUGGGAGCAAAAUUCUAGUUGUAGCUAAGUCCGAGGCUUUUGAAAAGUUCAAAGAGUUUAGGGCAAAAGUUGAGAAUCAAUUAGGUAAACGCAUAAAGGCCAUUCGAUCUGAUCGUGGUGGCAAAUACCUUCUUGGGGAUUUCAAGGACUACUUAACUGAAAAUGGGAUUAUAACCCAAUUGACUGCACUUGGAACAACACAAAAAAUGGUCUAG